AAGCAGAGUGAUGCAGUCUCUUUGAAUCUGGGAAUGGGAGUCGGUCUGGUGUUCCUCCUAACGAGGAGUGCCACCGAAAUCAACAAGAUGGAGCAACUGAGAGUCCAAAUGGAGAUUCUACUCAAAGACAUCAAGGAUGAGAUGCACAACAAAGGCGUCUCUUCCCACGUAGCAGAGUCCAACAAUGUCGCCUCCUCUGCAUCAAACAGUUAUAUGGAACCCGAAGCUGAGACACGGUCGACAUGUGCUACAUUCACGAGGAACACAGCACGCCUCAGCAUGCACCAAAUGGAAGCGGAGAUGGAAGUCGAACUACAACGUCUGCAAUGCGCCGUGGGACGCAAGCUUUCAUCGCUGCCGCCACAUCGCAUGUUGGCUGCUGUGAACGCUGAUGCGCCUGAGACCUUUCAUGGAAGCUUCAGGGAGGCGUACGAAGGCGGCAGCGGCAGCGGCGGCAUUCAAUGUGGAGUUUCGGCGCAUGAGCUGACGAGAAAGCUUAAUCAACUCGUGCAGGCGAGGCAGCAAGAAGGUAUUGCGGAGUUGGAGUCUUCCUUCAACUGCACUGGCGAUUCUCACAUCGGCGAAGACGACGGAGAGGUAACGCAAGUCCAUGAAGAAGACGGUGGCAAUUACCGUGGGGUUUCUGCUCGUGAGCUGGAGAGAAGGCUGCAUGAGCUCCUGGAAACAAGGCAGCGGGAGAGGAUUGCAGAGCUGGAGUCUGCGUUGGAGUGUGCGGAGAGACAGCUGCGCGCGAGAGAGAGCGAGGUCUGCUGGUGGAGGGACACUGCGAGGUUGGUCUCACAGCAUAAGAGCGAAGCAGUUCACAGGUGAGUUCAGGCAGCCAUUGCCGCACAGAUGAUGAGUUCUCGUUUGAUGUGUGUGUUUGAGCGAGAGACUUGCUUGGGUCAACUUGUCUUCAAUUUCCAGGAGUCAGGUUUUGCAGCCAUGUGUAGGGUUAAAGCUUCUGGAUGUGUUUGUCGAAGCUGCUGCUUCGGCUCACUCUGUUUGGAUCAUUUCA